AUGGCUAACAAAUUAGAGACGAGAACAGGUUGCGAAGCUAGAACUCGAUUUGCCUUCCAAGAUGACAAUGGUAUGUGGAAAGUUUCUCAUUUUGUUUCUAAACAUAACCAUGAACUUGCUAUGCCAGAAGAAAGGCAAUUUUUGAGAUCAAAUAGAAAAGUGUCAAAAGCGCAUUUGGGUGUGAUUAAAACCAUGGUGGAUGCAGGAAUAAGGACCACAAAUACAUACUCUUAUUUAUCAGAAGAAGUGGGUGGGUCUCAAAAUGUUGGUUUUACAAAAAGAGAUUGCUACAAUGUUGUCAAUAAGGAGAAAAUGGUCAUGAUUGAAGCAGGUGAUGCUCAAAGCUUGAUAAACCUUUUCAAGCGCAAACAAGCUGAAGAUCCUAUGUUCUUUUACACAAUGCAAGUGGAUCAAGAAAACCGAAUGACAAACUUCUUUUGGAGAGAUGGAAGGUCACGAAUUGACUAUGAUUGUUUUGGGGAUGUGGUAGUAUUUGAUACUACAUAUCGAACUAAUAGGUAUAACAUGAUAUGCGCUCCUUUUGUUGGCGUCAACCACCAUUGGAAAAACGUACUAUUCGGUUGUGCUUUUUUAUUGGAUGAGAAAACUGAUUCAUUUAUUUGGUUAUUUGAGACAUUUUUAGAAUCAAUGGGAGGUCGAAAACCGAAGACUAUUUUUACUGAUCAAUGUCAGGCAAUGGCAAAUGGCAUUGAAAAAGUUUUUCCUGGGUAUGUCAUCGUUUAUGCUCGUGGCAUAUAUCUCAAAAUGCUGCAAGAAAUUUGGGAAGUUAUUAUGGGAAUCCUGAGUUUAACCAUAUGUUCAACAAGUGUCUUCAAGGAUAUUGUGAGACAGAAUUGGAAUUUCAGUCUACUUGGGAUGACUUAUUGGCAAAAUUCAACCUUACAGGCAACCAGUGGUUGA